AUGCCGUACCAUACGUAUCCUGUCACCCAGGACUAUCGUAUUAGUAGAAAGGUGCUCGGAGUCGGUAUAAACGGAAAAGUGGUGGAAUGUGAACAUCGCCGUACCGGUCAAAAAUUUGCCCUCAAAGUCCUGCGUGAUGUCCCAAAGGCUAGAAGAGAGGUUGACUUGCAUUAUAUGGCCAGUGGUCAUUCGAAUAUAGUUGAGAUUGUUGACGUGUAUGAGAAUACCUACAAUGAUGUGCAGUGUCUACUUGUUGUCAUGGAAAACAUGAAAGGUGGUGAACUUUUCAGUAGAAUUCAGGAACGCGGUCAUCGAGCAUUUACCGAGAGAGAAGCAGCCAGCAUAAUGUAUGAAAUAUGUUCGGCUGUUUCCCAUCUCCAUAAAAUGAACAUAGCCCAUCGUGACAUUAAGCCUGAAAAUCUUCUUUACGAGGAUGAGACCGAAAACGCGCAGUUAAAACUGACAGAUUUUGGCUUUGCAAAGAAAACAGACGAGUCAGAGCCGCACAGUCUUGCAACUGCUUGUUAUACUCCAUAUUAUUGUGCUCCUGAGGUCUUGCGUGCAGAGAAGUAUGACAAGUCGUGCGAUCUCUGGUCAGUAGGCGUGGUCAUGUAUAUAUUAUUAUGCGGAUAUCCUCCGUUCUUCUCUCAGAACGGGCUGCCGAUGUCUCCUGGAAUGAAAGCAAAGAUUAAGUCGGGCCAGUAUACCUUUCCAUCUCCAGAAUGGGAUUGUGUCUCGGAAGCGGCAAAAGAUCUUAUCAAAAGGUUGCUAAAGACAGACGCAGCUGAAAGAAUCACCAUUGAGCAGACUAUGCAACACAAGUGGAUAACACACUAUCAUAAGGUUCCUGAUACGCCACUUUUUACCAGCAGCGUUUUGGUUGAUCAAAAAGCUCAGUGGAGUGAAAUGCAGGAUGAGAUGGAGAAAACACUAGCAUCAAUGCGUGUUGGCAACGAGAAAAUGCAAAUAAAAAGCCUCGCCGAGUCGAAUAAUAAGCUCCUGCAAAAGCGAAAACAGAAGACGGAGGAGACGAUACAAGAAGCCACCUGA